AUGUCGACACCGCCGUCGCCGACCAUCAGCGGCUCAUCGUCAUUGUCGAGCCUCAAUUCGUCGAUAUCGUUUUGCUAUAUAUGGACGACGAAGAUCAAAACUCGAAAAACGACCGACGGCGAAGCGACGAUUCUCUCGAUUUCGCCCAAAUUCGCCACCGUUCACCAAUCGAUAUCGUUUCAAUGGAACGUGCGAGUUCAUGCGACAAUGGCGUUGGAAGACGAAAACUCUGAGGAUGAGAACUACAUCGCCGUGGAUUUGUAUCUCGUCGAUGGUCCGAUCAACGAGGUCCGUUUGAUGGCCGAAGUGGCGGCGCUCGACAAAAACGCGAUGAUCACCGCCGGCUACAAUCCGGCGAACGCGCUCGUCCGCGAGGCCAAAUCGAUCAAAUUGCAAAAAGGCGUCGGUUGCGAGGUGACGGACAGCAGUCGAUCGUGCGUUUCGAGCUAUUUAAAGCAAAACAUUGAAAAUGUCGUGAAGCUGUCGGUGAUCGUCACAAUGGAAUCGCGAUUGUUCGACCCGUUCACGUAUCUCGACGCGAUUUCGCCGACGCCUCGCGUCUCGUUUCUCACCGCCAACUACAACGCGAGAGUCAACAGCAAAGUGUGGAAGCGUAGAUCGCGGAAAAGAAAUUGUCGGGUUGAACGGCGCGCCAUCACCGACGACGAGAAGUUGGAGUAUGAGAAGAAGGUGCAGGCGAUUCUGGAUCAGGAGAGGGGAAAGCUUAUGGAUCGCCUGACGAUUCCCGAAUCAUCGUCGCGUCGUGCCAGUCUGAUGUCGCAAUUCAAGGAGAAUCAGCACGAGAUGAUCUACGACGAUCACAUUUUUAAACGAAUUCUCGUUUCUUGUUGCGAGUCGUGCGAGCAACGCCGACGCUCAUUGAUGUACGAUAGUCGGACCGAGGAGGAUUCGGAGGAUGACGGCGAUGACGCGAAGGCGGAAUCCGACGGCGACGAUGAUGAGCCGCAUUUUGAAUGCGAUCAGAGGGACAAGGAGCAUAUUCAUGAUAUGCUCGCCAACUUGUACUUCAACAAGGUCGUCCUACCGCAACUCGAGUUUAUUGAGGAUUUCAUGGAUUUUCUCAUCGACGCCGAACUCAAUGAUUUGCCGGUGCUGAAGCGCGCGUGCGAGCGCUAUUUGUGCAGCGAGCUCAGCACGAAAAAAGACAUCAGCACAUGCCUGCUGUUGGAUCUUCUCUUCAACGCGAUCGUCUUCAAUUUGGCGGUGAUGAAAUCGAUGACGCUCAGCGAGCUUUCGAAUCGCGCCCACGAGUUCGUCGACGUCGAGCUGCUGUUGCAGCAAGAGGAAUAUCAGAAUCUCGACAAACGCAUGAAGAAUUUGGCGGAUCGCAAUUUGCCGGAGCUCAUCGAGCAGUGCGUCAAUUUUCGCGAGCAAAAAGCUCGCGUUCGUGUGUUGCCCGCUUUCCAUGAGGAAAUCUCGUUCGCCAAUUCGCCAAUCGAACAAUAA